CCACUUCGUAUCAUGAGAUUGCAUGCCAAGUGCAACAAGUGGGAGAGUAUAAACUUUGCCAGGCCAGCACAGGGUCCACCCUGGUGUUUGUGUUAAUAUUGUACGCUGUUUGCUACUUUCCUCCCACUAAUAAUGGCUGUGUGGUGCUGUGCGGUGUUGCUAACAAUGUGUGUCCGUCUUUCAGCAGGCAAAAUUACCGUCACAGGUAAAAGGAAAAACAUUGCUCUGAACAAACCAGCUUGGAUGAGCACAUCCUACCGAAACAUCUCUGCCAGUAAAGCGGUUGAUGGAGCUAUACAUCCAUUUAACUGGGUAAAAAAUAUCCACACUGAUAUCAACCAGCAAACAGCUUGGUGGAAGGUGGACCUACAGACAGUGGUAUCAUCACCUCAAGUUAAUAUCUAUUUCCGGAUGAGCUACAAGGGUCGACGUGACGGUAUACAGCUGUAUACGUCUCUAAGAAAUUCAUCUUCCCCAAAAGAGGGGAAUCUAUGCUACAGUGUCAGAGGACGCAGAGAUGGGACCGACAUCCCCGACGUCCUGAACGUCACCUGUCCUGGGAUCUGGCGCUACCUGACUGUCUACACAGAGAAGGCAAAUGAUAGACAUGAUCCAAUCCUUAACUUUGCCGAGGUGCAGGUGUGGGUGACGAACAUCGAGACAAGUGAAGAUUACCAGCAGAGUGCCACACAGACGGCACCACCGGCUACAGCACCGACUACGACUACGACGCCAGCUAUGUUGACACCGGGUGUCAUGACAUUUCCAGCAGGAAACGAGUGUGGAGUAGGACAGCGAUAUGGAGCCAGAUGUAUGAAGUCGUGCGCGGACCGCCAGUGUAAGCUGAACUCCAGCUGUGAUGUCAAACAAGGCAGGCGUGUUGGUGGAUGUAGAACUGGAUGGUCCGCCGCGGACUGCACACAAGAAUGUGUUCAAGGAAUGGAAUACGGCGCUAACUGUGUGGGUAACUGCAGUGCCCGGAUGUGUGAGGGAGGGUUAGUCCCCUGUCCUCGGGACACUGGUCGGUGUGAGGCAGGAUGUAAGUCGGGAUGGACGGGGGAAGACUGUAUCCAAGUAUUAAAGAGGCAGGUUCCUGUGUCGUGUCGCGUUUACCCUGCCAAUAUCAGUGUUCUCGAUAUUUGUGUCGCCAUCAUGGUUGGCGUGAUACUCAUCCUUGUUCUCGGUCUCUGUCUCUGUUUACUGAAGCAGGGGAAGUGA